AUGCGGUAACGCAUCCGUUCGACUUGUGUAAUUCUAGAAAUUUCAAUUUCUGGAAUAUUGUGUGAAAUACGCUUCACUUUUCCUUUGGUUUUCGCAGAUGACGGCAUCCUAUCCAAUUGUCUGUCAUUUCCGAGAAGUGGAAAAGGGGAUUCCCCCGUGCGCAUAAAGAUUACGGCCGAUAGUGGUGAUUGAUACGACAGCUGAUUUAUUAGAGGGAUUUCCCAAUACGUCACGUGGGUUUUGUCAACGACAAAGAUGAGUGUUUGAUUUUUCGUUCAAUGGAAUAAGGAUAGGAUUUGUCGUUGACAAAUUGAUUACAACGAAGACACACUCUAAGAAACACAUAGGACCAUGAAUGAGCAACGAAUGGAUGUUCAAAACUCGAGGGAAUGAUGUCAUACAUACUUUUUGUUUUCUGGAUCCAUCGACCACGCGACCAAACUAGUUGGAAUAGGUCUUCCCCAUUGUCUGCAACACUCUUGUUCCAAAUGAUCAAAAGAUCGUCUGAAAAUAGGUAGUUAAAAAAAGAUCUGCUUUUGUUUUCCACAUCAGCAUUUUUGAGAACUUAGAGAAACUGAAGUGAAAAUGAUGAAAUAACGAUUGCAUCAUUUAUUCCGUUUCAAAGAACAAUUAUUGUGAAAACGGCUACAGAAAAAAUGUCUGAUAUGAAAGGGGAAUAAAGUCAGGGUACCAGGUGUGCAAACUUCGUUCGGAGCCUUAAAAUUGAAAACGGAAUUUAUUUUUCAUAGAAAUUGAACCAGCUUGAAGAUAUAGCUUGCACUGAACAGAAAUCUGAAAGUCAGUGGUCGACCACAUGCACGUGGUAUCUAUGCACUUCUCCUCCAAUUUCAAAUCGCUUGAACUCGUCCGCUCGCUUGUUAUCGACAGUCACGUGGUGUUGUUAUCUGAUAAAUUCCCAUAGCGUCGACACGUUACAUAUCGUUCAAUAUCAUCGUCUCUCGUUUUCGCCCCGCCCCCUUCCGACGGUACCACACGUGUCGAUGCCGCAUCUCAAUCAGUCUGUCGGUGAUUCCGUUAAACGGAGGGUGAUUCCCCAUCAAUCUCUUCUUCUCCCCUUACAGUAAUCGUUCUUUUUAUAGAAUGAAGAAGACAUCUCAACUCGCCAGACAGAUCAUCAAGGCAAUCGGAUGUGCCAACGGACUAGCUGGAAGACAACUCGGAUGUGAGAAUGCUGUGGAAGUCAUUAAGGCGUCUCCGUACUUUGCCAACGUCCAGGACAAGAUUCCUUUGAGAUGGGGGAGGAUCAUCGAGGAAGUAAACUCUGGAAGACACGCAAAUGCACUUACUGGAGUGACACAGGUAUUUCGCUUCUAAAGUAUCCCUUCUAGAAAGGAGACUUUAGACAUGUCGUCAGCUCGCCCACGAAACCCGUCAGGUUAUUGAAAACAAAGAGGAACUACUUGUAAGAAACCGAACAACAGCAUAAUCGGAUUAUUUGUCUGUUCUAGGUGUUUGGAGGUGAUCACAGUUGCGCAAUCGGAACCUGGAGUGGGGUUGCUACCGCUCUGCGCCCGGCUGGAGAUAUUGGACUGAUCUGGGUGGAUGCGCACAUGGUAAGUUUGGAACGGAAUAGUAGAAGUUCUGAAAAACACCAGAAAAAACGCUGUUUUUCUUCAGGACGCGCACACUCCUGAAUCCAGCGACACUGGAAACAUUCACGGAAUGCCAGUUGCUCAUCUUCUCGGAUUCGGAGACAAGAAUCUCAGCCGCAUCGGGGACCGUCUCCCAAAACUUCUUCCCCACAAUCUUUGCAUGAUCGGCAUAAGAGAUUACGAAUCGGCAGAACAGGUAAAACUUUGUGACUAUUUCGUAUCACUUUGAACCGUCAGAAGAUGGGUGUAGGAAAUUGGCAAACCGGAGAAAUAAAGAUCGCUCUUAUCUUUUGAAAAUGAGAAAAAGAUUGGGCAAAAAGAGAGACAAACGAAGUCGUGAUUGAUGAUUAACUUUUCUUAUCACUUUCGUCAUCAUCAUCAUCAUCAUUUUGUUACAGGAACUUCUCGAGAAACUCGGGGUCAGAAUCUUCUACGCCAACGAAGUGGAGAAGAGGGGCGUGCAGGACUGUCUUCAAGAAGCACAAUACCUGGUGUCUAGGUUCGGCAACUUCAACAGUAUACAGCAAAACGAGCAAUGUAUUUCAGAAACACAAUUGGAUAUGGUCUUUCCAUUGAUCUCGACGGAUUCGACGUCUCUUUUGCCCCUGCAGUGGGAACUCCGUCUGAUGACGGAAUCAACGCGUCAGAGUUCAUCAAAGCCCUUUUGACGAUCGACCUGACCAAAUUGAUUGCCACGGAAAUCGUCGAGUUCCUCCCGAGAUUCGAUGAUAAUCAGAGAACUAGCGAACAACUUGUUUCCACACUUGUCGAGUACAUCUACAGAACAAAGGCAUUCCAGAUGAACUCGGUGAAUGAGAUAGUGAGAAGAGUGAACCGAUCGGAAGAAUCUGUUAAAGUUUCACAAUCUCUGUAAUUCUCUUUUUUACUACCCAUUUAAUUUGCAUAAUAAAGUAUUUCGCUAAUCAAGUUCUGAAGUCAAUAUAAUCUUUUGAUCAGAUUCCCAGGCAAAUACUUCGGAAGCGCACUUUAAUGGCUCCACAUCCUGGAUUGCAGGGGUUUUUCAAUGCUCGGAUGACAUUUUGUAUCUCAUCAGAAGGAGUUUUACAGAAAACAUGUUCUACAGGUGAAGAAGCACCGAUUAGAUUUUCAGUUUAUACGUUUUCUGUUUACUUUUCAGUGUGAUAAAGGUUUUGCGAUCACAUGGAAUACCAUUAUAAAACCACGGCUUUGGUUGUCGGAGAACGAUCGAUUGUAAACCAUAAAAAACGGAAAGAACGAUACGUUCUCUGUUCUUGUCAAACAGUUCAUUCUAUUCACUUUUCUUUGCUCCAAAAUGGCACUCGCGAUGAACACGGAAAACUUGCAAGUACACGCUGUUUUCAACAAAAAAAGUUUGAAGUAUUUUCCUGGAGAAGUUGUCGCUGGCCGUUUUCAAUUCAUUAGCAAUGUUCCAAUCAGAACAGAAGAAAUAAACAUUGUUUGGAGUGGAUAUGCCGAUACCGCAGUAUCUGAAGAUGGAAACGACGACAAGAUACCAUAUCUGUAUGGUGAGCAAACUGUUUGGACAGCACCCAAUGGCGAGGUCAGUUUUACAAUUAAUUUUCACGUGAUCAGAUGAUUUUUUCCAGGAAAUCCUUCCACCCGGGGACCAUAUGUUUGCGUUCUCGUUUUGUCUUCCAGAGCACUGUGCUCCUACUUUUCGCGGCAAGUAUGGAAACAUCGGAUACAAGGUCCGCUUAGAAAUGGGAGACUGUGAAGUGACAGAACAGUUCUGCGGUAAUGGUGAAGUGGAACAAAAAAGGGAAAAUUUUUUUUUAGUGAUUCCCAGAGAUAACGCGAUAAUACUAAGAAAAGACAAUAUGAAGCCUCUAACAUUUAGCAGUUGUCCUUUCUUGUGGGAAACUCCCGGUGACAACCAGAUCAGUCUCACGGCAAGUUCCCUUUUUGUUGACUCUUUUCAUUGCAUGUUUUACAGGUGGAAAUGGAAAAGGGCACCUUCAGAAGAGGGGAAGAACUCAAUGCGAAGGCGCUCGUCCGCAAUCGAAGCCCUCAAGUUAUCAAGGGCAUGAAGUUCACCCUUUUCGAAAUUUCCCAUUAUCACUCAAAAGUGCAACGAUUUCAAUGCUCGGUUUUUUCCACUAACCCGUGUUCAUUAGACGAAUCGGAAAAUCGCAAUUGUCGGGAACCCGUCGAGCUUGGAGUCCGCAAUCUGAAAUUAGGACCGAAUCAGAAGAAGUCGGUUCCGAUCACUCUCUAUCUGAGCGAGAAGAUGUGCCCGUCAUUCGACUCGCAGUUGAUAACUAAUGGGUACAUGUUUCGUGUAACUGUUCUAACUGACAGAGGAUUCGAAGUAUCGUGCGAAUCCCGAAUUAUCGUUUGUAUAAAUGACGAAGGACAAGAGAACAGGCAAUUGGUACCCGACGAAUUAGUUGGAACCUAUCGCGGCAAGAAGAGAGCAACUGAAUCCCCGUUUCUGCAAAAACGGUCAAAAGUUUCAGAAUAACGAUUGAUGUGUUUAUCUCGAGUUGA